AUGCCAGAGGAAGAAGAGGCUAAGCGAACGAGAUCCGACCCGAAGCCAACCGAACUUGGACUCCAGCACCAAAACGACCAACGUGAACUGGAGUUUCGUUAUUCAUUAAGAGGUUGGCGUCAAGCGGCCAAUAAGUUGAGAGCUGCUUUAAGUGAUGAAGAACUCGUAUUGGUCAUCAAGCAACAGAGAGAUGAAGUCCAAGCUGCUAUGGACAAGGCAACGGUAGUUCAGGAUUCUCUCAGCAAGAUUAAGGUGUCCUUAAAAUUGCAUGAUGACAGCUUCGACAAGAUUGAAGAGGUGGAGGAGCAGCAUGCAGAGCUGAUGAAACAAACCCACGAAAGAGUGAAGGUUCUACAAGGAGGCUCUGUAACCCAAUCGACGUCAUCCAGACACUCCUCUAAACCUUCUCCAAAACGACAGAAUGAUUGUGAAGAGUGGGUCAACGCCGAACCAAAAGAUGACCCACCUACGAUGGAAAAGAUUAACCCAAGAGCUCAGGACAUUGAAACGGGAAACUCGUUAGCAGCGAGUUUAGUGGACCAGAUGAGGAUAAGUCACCUGCCCCCUCCAGAGCCCACUCAGUUCGAUGGAAGUCCCCUCCAAUAUCCAACUUGGAAAAGAAGCUACGACCUCCUAAUAGAAAGAAGAGAGAUAAACGCAGCAGAUAAGUUCUAUUAUCUUCUGAAGUACAUAAAGGGCCAACCCUUGCAACUGGUACAAGGAUACGCAUUGCUAGGUGAUACCAACUCUUAUGCUGCUGCGAAGAUGGCCCUAGAAAGGAGGUACGGAGAUCCCUUUGUCCUGUCUAGCGCCUACAGGGAUAAAUUGGACUCUUGGCCCAGAAUCAGCAACAGAGAUGGCCAAGGUCUUCGAAUGCUGUCUGACUUUGUGAAACAGUGCUGUACAGCAAUGACAACCAUCGGAAAUCUGGCUCAAUUGAAUGAUGAGAGGGAAAAUAGGAAGAUCUUGGCUAAACUCCCAGACCACCUGAUUGUGAGUUGGGGUAGGAAAGUUGCUCAUUGGAAGAAAACUCAUGGAAAUUUCCCAUCAUUUCAUGAGUUCAGUGACUUCAUUGAGGAGGAGGCCAAUAUCGCAUGCGACCCAAUUACCUCUUUGUAUAGUGUAAAGGAGCUGAAGGUAGACAAGCAGCGGACGAUUCCGGGCGCAACAUCCAUGUAUGCCUCGACAGAUCAACGCCCUCAGCAUCCAAGAAAGGGAAAGAAGCAGGAGUAUGUAUGUGUGCUCUGUAAGGAAAACCACCAACUAGGAGUUUGUAAAAGGUUCCUUUCAAUGACUUUGAAGGAGCGAAAGACCUACGUACGAGACAAUGGACUGUGUUAUGGUUGUCUCAUAAGAGGACACACAUCAAGAGAAUGCAGAAGGAGAGACACAUGCAGUGUCUGCAAACGGCGACAUCCCACUUCUCUUCAUGAAGACUGGAAUCGGAGUAAUCAAGUACAAGAGAGAGAUGAUGAGAGAAUGGAGAUCCAAUCGUCUGAUCAUGAGAGUUCUAACGCAACAGAAGAACUCCGGUCAUCGAGUUCUCACACAACAGUAAACCACAUGACCUUGAAGAAACAGGCUGUAAAGUGUUCAGCAGUUGUUCCAGUCUGGAUAUCACAGAAGGGCAGAUUUGAUGAAAGGCUGAUAUAUGCAUUAUUGGAUACUCAGUCGGACACCACAUUCUUGCUGGAAUCUACCAAGGAAGCCAUGAAUCUACAAGGUUCAAAGGUGAAUCUUCUUCUUUCUACUAUGUCCAAGAAGGAUGAGAGGAUCCCUAGUGAGAAAAUUCAAGGACUCACGGUUCGUGCUCACAACAGUAUGAAGAUGAUUGAUCUCCCUACAGUCUAUACACGAGACAUCAUGCCCGCAAAUAGGGAGUAUAUUCCAGUGCCUGAAGUGGCUAUGUCCUUUCCUCACCUGACUGAAAUUGCAGAGGAACUGCUACCACUACAAGACUGUGAGGUAGGAUUGCUGAUCGGAUAUGAUUGUGCACGUGCUCUAAUUCCUCGCAGCAUAAUUCUUUCUCCUGAUGAUGAUGAUGGACCCUUUGGGAUGAAGACAGAUCUAGGUUGGUGUGUUGUGGGUAUAUCAAGUCAGAAGGAGUUUGCUGUCAGCCCCGACGACAGAAUAGGGUUCAGUCAUCGAUUGAUCACCUGUGAGAUACUCCCUGAGCUGACUGAAAGCAAAACUGCAACCAAGGAAAAGGUGAUGUUCUCACACAACGUCACCAUCAAGGAAGAGAUAAAAGAUGGACAUUACGAAACUCCACUUCCCUUCAAGGAAAAGGAACCAGAUCUGCCAAACAACAGGUGUAUGGCAGACAAGAGACUACAACAUCUCAAACGAAAGUUUGAAAGAGAUUCAAACUACCACCGUAGAUACACAGAGAAGAUGGAAGCACUCUUAGAGAAAGGGUACGCAGAAUUAGCACCAGAAAUCAAGACAGCUGAUAGUCCAGUCUGGUAUAUUCCCCACCAUGGUGUUAUACAGCCCAACAAACUUCGGGUCGUAUACGACUGCAGUGCACAGUACAAGGGGGAAUCCCUUAACGAUUAUCUUCUCACUGGACCAGACCUGACAAAUGCUCUCGUAGGCGUACUCUGCAGAUUCAGGAGAGACGAGAUUGCAUUCAGUUGUGACAUAAAGGAAAUGUUUCACCAAUUCAAGGUGAGAGAAGACCACCGUGACUACUUGAGAUAUUUGUGGUGGAAAGACGGAGAUAUUCUUCGAGAACCCAUUGAGCUGCGUAUGACUGUCCAUUUGUUUGGCGCAUCUUCCUCCCCAGGCUGCUCCAAUUUUUGCUUGAAGCAGAUAGCUACUGAUCACGCAGCCGAAUUUGGAAAUGAUGUGAAGGACUUCAUCCAUCGGGAUUUCUAUGUGGACGAUGGAUUGAAAUCCGUUCCUUCUACAAAGGACGCUAUCGACCUAGUUUCGAGAACAAGACAACUGUGUAAGAAAAGCGGAUUGCAUCUACACAAGUUCAUAUCUAACAGCAGAGAAGUAAUGGAAUCUGUUCCGGAGCCUGAUAGAGCGAAGGGAGUCUCCAAGACAGAUCUUCUGGGAGUUGAUUCACCCAUGGAAAAGGCUCUGGGAGUUCUAUGGUGUGUUGAGUCCGACACACUUAAGUUCAGGCUCACUCUACAUGACAAACCCCUGACGAGAAGAGGAGUCUUAGCCACAGUUAUGUCAAUCUACGAUCCAUUGGGCCUGCUGGCGCCAGUUGUACUGCGAGGAAAACAGAUCUUGCAAGAACUAUGCAGGAAAGCAGUAGACUGGGAUGAUCAACUGCCUGAUGAACAGAGAAGCAGCUGGGAGAAAUGGAGAGCUGAUUUGAAUAAUCUGGACUCAAUCUCCAUACAAAGAUGCUACAAGCCUGCACAUUUCGGAGAAGUAAAGACAACGCAACUUCAUCACUUUUCUGAUGCCAGUACUACUGGUUAUGGCGAGUGCACAUAUCUAAGGCUGACUAAUGAUGAAGGAAAGGUGCAUUGUACACUCCUGAUGGGGAAGGCCAGAGUUGUACCUCUCAAACCAAUCACUGUACCACGUCUGGAGCUGACAGCUGCAGUUGUUUCAGUUAGAGUCAGUGCAUUUCUUCAGAGAGAGUUUGUACCCUCAGACACUGAAGAGUUCUAUUGGACGGACAGCAAUGUAGUAAUGGGCUACGUUAGUAACGACUCGAAGCGCUUUCAUGUCUUUGUUGCCAACCGUGUGCAUCAGAUUAGACAACACUCUUCCCCCUCACAAUGGAGACAUGUGGGUACACAGGAUAACCCAGCUGAUAUUGCUUCUCGAGGAGCUACAGUCAACCAACUCCUGUCUUCCUCUUGGUUUACUGGCCCAAAGUUCCUGUGGGAGAGCAACGCAGAGAAGUUCAUUCAAGGUGAUAAGUUUGAUGUGAAGUUGGAUGAUCCAGAAGUGAAGAAAGCUCAUGCAAACUAG